AUGGAUAAAAAUCACAUAGAAUCAUUGCCUGAGGAGAUUUUAAUCGAAAUAUUUAACUAUUUAAGUCCAAAAAUGGUCCAAACUUGCUGUGCUGUUACUAAAAGAUGGAACACAAUCAUAGACAAUUCAAAGCAUUUAAUGGAUAAUUUUCUACUAAAACUGGAAGAUAAGGAAAUUCGAGAGUAUCAAGCACUGCCAAUGCGACGAAAUUAUCAAGCAAUUGACUUGGAAAGAGCACAAGUUAAAUUACUGGAUAUCAUCAAUCCAAAUAUUUUGAAAUCACUGGAUUUAAAAUAUUGUGAAUUGACUCUGCCUGAAUUAGUUCAUGUACUUAAGAAUCUUCCUGCUUUAGAAGUUUUGUAUUUGAGUAGCUUACAACUUGAGGAAGGAGCUGAAAAUGAAGAUUAUGAAGCUGCAAAACUACUAAAGCUUGAAUUUCUUCAAAUAAGCUCAAUGACAAAUGUAAUCACCGAUAAAUUGUUGAAUAAGUUGGAUGUUACUACAAUACGGCAGUUAGCAAUUGAUUCUUAUUGGAAUGAUGACGAUGAUGAAAAGUAUAAAGGAUGGAUUAAUUUUUUAAAACGCCAAGAAGAACUAGAACAGCUUCAUUUAGGUUUUUGGGAAUCAUCGAAAUUUUUUGAUUAUGAAGAAAUAUUUGAGUUUAAGUUUGAAUUGAAAUAUUUGGAACUAGAAGGAGAGCAAGUUAAGCAAAUAAGAGAAUUUUGUUUCUUUUUGUCAACUCAUUCAGAUACUUUGGAAACUUUGUUGCUUGGUGCUUUUGAAUACAAUCCAGAAAUGUCUCAAAUGUAUAAUUUCAUCUGGAAUAACAUGCGCCUAAAGAGAAUGGAUGCAAAUGUUUUAAAAUUCGGUGAUAUAGACGAUAUCAUUGACAUUUUAGUUGAAUAUGCUUAUACAUAUACUCCAAAGUUUCUCCUUGACAGCGUUAGACUUUACAGAGACGUGUAUGAAGACGGCUUUUCCAAAAAUUACUUUAAAGUUUUUAUAAGCUCAUUGGCAAGAGUUAAGCAAUUGGAUAUACGUGAUGUUCAUUUCCAUCCUGAAGAUAAAGAACUUAGUUGGAAAAAGGUUUUUGAGCACAUGUCUUAUGAAAUGACAAAUUUAGAGAUUUUAUUGUUGCCUAGUGAAGGUUUUGACGUAUCCAUUCUUGCACCGGAAUCAAUCUACUUUCCUAAAUUGUCAGAGCUAUUCAUGGCAGUAAUAAAUGACGAAGAAAUGUGCCAAUUUAUUGAGAGACAUUCAAGGUCAUUAAGGAAGGUUUCCUUCAAAUGGUCAGAUGAAGAUUUUAUGGAUAACUUAUUUGAUGAAUUAUUUGGAUGUGAGAAUUUAAAGUUAAUUCAUUUGCUAGCAGAAAGGCCGACGGAAGCUUUAAGUAUAUUCAAAAUACUUGAUAGGCGAAUUAAGCAAGACAUGACAUGGCAUUUUGGAUUGUACGUCCGUGGUUUCGGUACAUUCAAUUAUAAAUUUCCUGAUGAUGCUGCUUUUUGGGAUCAUCAUUUCAGUAUUUGGAAGAAUAGAAAUGCUGUUAAAAAGGAAGACUUUAAGUGA